UUUUUCUAAUAACGACUGAUUUAAUGACAAACAAUGAUCUUAGAAGUCAAACAAAUCAUUUGUGGAUCAGUUGUUUGGAGUGUUAUCUUAAUAAUAGCUAUAAUAAAACUGAUCCAAUAUUGCUGUCAUAGACUGGUCAAACAAAAAGUAGACACUUCAAAGUCGUCGGCAAAAAAUCGUUACGAAUAUCUUGUGGUUCCCGUCCUAUCAAAUCCAGCCAAAGGUUUUUCGCUGACAAAUACAAUCAUUAGUCUACAACUACUUCAUUAUGAGACAACUGUCUUAACAUUUAACAUCAAUUUAAAUAAAGCCGACAUUAGUCGAGACAUUUGUUGUCACCGAUAUAUACGUGGAUUUCUUCAGUUGUAUAGUAAGACUUCAUUACUUCCAAUCACUCAUUUGAAAGCUGUUCACAACUCAAAAGGCGAAAUAUUCAUGAAUGGCAUCGAAUUAGAAGACUUGUGGUCCGGUCGACGACUUUAUUAUAAUUUUAAUGAAAUGAUAAAAUCUGGAACUAAUGUUCAAACAAUUGCAUCGGUUAUUGUUAAACCACAAGAGUUAAAGUUAUGUACAAAAGAGACAUUUUGUCCAAAUUUCGAGAAUCCAUCGCUCAGUACGUUUGGCCGCGACUUGAAUCAGACGUCAACAAUGAAGACUCGCGGACAAGAACUUCACGGAAUCUCAAUUAAACCGAAACUUAAUUGGUUUGAAAUGACUGUCUUUUACGCCUUUCUAAUGAAUCUAAUCUUUUUGGCCAACGUUUUGAUAUUGUUUGCCAUUUAUGACUUAAAGAUCAAAUUAAAAGGAAUCGACAAAUAUAUUAAAAUUGUUGUCUCUAUAGUGUUAUCCGGUUUCGUGCCAUUGAUUGUAACAGACAUUAUGGCAUUGAUAUAUAAUUACUGUAUUAAAUCAAAGUAUAAUACAAGUGUGAGUCUGUCAGCCAAAGAAAAACUCAUUGCUUGCAAUCUGAUGCCUAUUAUAUUGUAUAUCUAUUUGUUGAUUGUUAUCGGUUUAACAAUUAGUUCAUCAAUUGGCGUACAAUAUCUUUUGAGACUUUUUGAUUACUCAGAAUUGACUGAAUCCGUACAGAUAUCCGGUUUGAACGAUAUAUUGUUUGUUAUAAUGUUUGUGAUCAGUCUAGUCGUGACUUUUACACUUUGGCUAAUAAUAUUGGGUUUUAUUAAAUACAUAUUCAAUUUUAUGACAUUCAAUCCAAAGAUUGUUAGAGAUGACAUAUCUAUUAUUACCGAUAUGUCCAGCACUGACAGCAAAAAAGAUCCGACACGUGAUGAAAAAGAGGAACAGUUAAAGACCAAAAUUAAUGUCAAAAUUAAAGGCAAAGUUAAGGCAAAAGAUCCUAAUGUUAUACGUUUUGAUACCACAAGACUUGACAACGACGCCAACGAUAAGCAUAAAGUCAAACGUGUCAGCACUGGUAGUCUUAUACAUUCACCCACUCAUUCAAAAGGAUAUAUUAAUCCCGAAGAGUUUAGGAUCACUGAAAGCAAAGUUUUCAAAUGA